AUCCAAGGUAACUUCCCACGCUUAUCAUCAUUCUUCGACGGUGGCUCUCGACCGCAGCUUUUCCAUCACUUCAACAAGAGAAACCUCGACUUAUAUGGCGCUAACAGUUUUGAGCAAUGA